CCUGAGCUCAAUAGCAAAGUGUAUCUGAAAUGGGCAUCUUGUACCAUUUGGCGCUUAUAGCGGUUGGACUGAUUGCAUUGGUCAACGCUCAAUUUGGCUACAGUCCGAAAUCAUUCUGCUCGAUACAGCAGAAUAAGGUUUAUCAGCGUUAUGAUCAGAUCUAUGAGAUCUAUAGAAAAUAUUUAGUUGAAGUUAGUCUAGCUCAAUCGACUUGUGGAAUAGCCAAUCUGAAUACGCCGAGCAUUGUCAUUACGCCACCCAGACCAACUCCACGACCAACUUCUCAACCAACACCUCGACCAACUUCUCUACCAACUCCUCGAACAACUCCUCAACCAAUUGCAGUUCCAAUUCCAUUUCCACCGAGACUAAGUCGAUUUUGCCAAUCGCAAUUCCAGUGGACAGCUCUCUGCUUGUACGCAAGGCGUACGCCGAAUGAUUAUGACGAGGGCGUCAGCCAGCCACCAUAUAGCGGAUAAACUGUAUGACUAUAAGCUAUCAAAGCUACAUGUGCGCAGAGUAGUUCCAUAAUAAACAGAGAAUAUGUAUUUAA